ACCUGUUUUUUAUCAUUUCAUUAUCGAGAAUACUGUUAUACAAGGUUUUUAAUACAAGCUAUAUGUGAUUGAUAUUUUAUUCUUCACACAAAAUAUAAUUAUGGAGAAACGGACAGUCUUAUGGUACAUGACUUUUUGGGGGUUUGCUAUUAAUUACAUGUUCCGAGUGAAUAUUAAUAUAGCCAUCGUGUCAAUGAUUAAACAUUCAAUAUCGAAAAAGAAUGUUACGGUUAUACAAUAUGAGUGUCUCAAGAACACUGAACCGUUGAUGUUGAACACUACUUUAGCACAAAUAUCUUCAGAGGAUCUAAAUGAAAAUAAAUUCGAAUGGAAUGAAUAUCAGCAAAAUUCAAUAUUAGGUGCAUUUUUCACAUUGCACGUGAUCAUGCAAAUACCAGGUGGAAUCUUGGCACAACGAUAUGGCACAAAAGCUGUAUUUGGUAUCAGCAACGGUGUGGCGGCGAUAUUGUCAUUUGCAAUACCUGCAUCGGCAAAAUUCAAUUAUAAAGCACUCGUGGUUGUUCGUGUUGUUCAAGGAUUUAUAGCCGGUGGUGCGUGGCCUUCAAUGCAUACAAUGACCGCUAAUUGGAUACCGGCACAUGAGAGAAGUCGAUUUGUUUCGGCGUAUUUAGGAAGUUCAAUCGGCAACGCAAUAACAUAUAUCAUGUGUGGAUAUCUCAUCGCUAUGUUUGGUUGGGAGAGUGUAUUUUAUGUUAGCGGAGGACUUGGUCUAGUGUGGUAUAUUUGCUGGAUUUUACUAGUCUAUGAUACUCCAGCCAAACAUCCUACUAUCAGUAUUAGAGAAAGAUCAUACAUAGAAAAUUGCAUUGGUAAAACCAUACAAACUAGAUCAAAACCGUUACCGAUACCUUGGAAAUCAUUACUUUUAUCUAAAGCACUAAUGGUGAAUUUAGUGACUCAAACUGGAGGUAUCUGGGGCUUAUUUACACUUGCAGCUCAAGCUCCAUCAUAUUUUAACUUUAUCUUAGGUUUAAAUAUAAAACAGACAGGUUUAUGGUCUGGAAUACCUCACUUUGCUCGAUGGGCGUUUUCUUUCGGAUUUAGUAUGAUAUGCGAUCGUUUAGUGAAAUCUAAAAAAAUGUCGAUGACCAAUGUACGCAAGAUGGCCACAGUCUUUUGUAAUAUUUUACAAGGGUUAUUCAUUUUGGGUCUUUGUUAUUCUGGAUGUAAUUCAGUAGUCGCGGUAAUCAUGCUUUUCAGCGCAACUGUUGUAAACGGCGCAAUAUCUUCUGGGGCACUCGCUGCAGUGGUGGAUAUUGCUCCAAAUUAUGCAGGAGUGAUUCAAGGGAUAAUCGGAACUGUUUCCACGUCUUCAGGAUUCAUUUCACCCUUAAUUGUUGGUUAUUUAACCUUGAAUCAGCAAACAUUGAGUCAAUGGUGUAAAGUAUUUUAUUUAUCAGGAUCAAUAUGCAUAGGCACUGGGUUAAUUUACAUGUUUUUUGGAACAUCAGAUAUACAAAAAUGGAAUACAUACAAUGAUCCAGUUGUAAAUGAAAAAGAAUUGAAAUUAAUUGCUAAGAAACCUAAUAGUAUGGACACUUAGGUCUUUGUUUUUAUAAAAUAGUUGAAAAGAAUUAGUUGAUUUGUUUUUACAUUAUUAUGCAUCAGUGUUAUUCUUAGUAGUCUAUGUAUGAUAAUGUCUAAAUGACAUUUUUAUUUGGAGAUGGCCAUUACAUAAAUGUAAA